GUCUCCUUCAUGGAUUGACACGUGAUCCAUGUGCUUGUACAGUCACUGAAUACGAUGCUCGUCUCGCCCACACACCAUUCAGCAACAACAGAGAAGGAGAGAAUUGAUGUGGCCGACCCACAUUGUGGUCAUGUCGUCAAGGUCUUUCACUAAAGGGUCACCUCCACUCACUUCUAUGCACACACACAAAAAUGCCUAAAUGCACCUCCCAGCUGCCCCUCCAUGGCGCCCAUCCAUCCUCCCGUCCCUCCGCCCUUCGUGUCACACCAUCCAUCGCCCAUCGCUCUCGGCUAGACGCCCAUCUAUCCAUCUAUCCCGCCUGAUCCACCUCAAAUGGCGAAAAGACAGGAUGAUGGUGAUCCCGCACAAACCCCCGACCGUCGCCCACAUCCGUUUCUUGGUCGUCGGCUUCAUCCAUCAGACUCAUGCCGUGAGCGUCAUGCGGCCCAAGCUCUCUCAUGCCGGCUGGGCCCACACAGACGGUCACGAAGUCACCCACGCUCAGUCGCCUGCAGGCUGACACAGCCACGGCGGCGAUGUAGCUGCCGGCGAUGACCUUGAAUAUCGAGUCGGCGAUGUUGAUGCCGAUCAUCCGUCUGCAGGCAUCGUUCUCCGGGUCGUCAGCUGCAGUAACCUCGGUCACGCAGAGAGUGCGACUGAACGGGAGCAAUCGAGAACGGAGGUAUUGGUUAUCCUCCUGUGGUGUAUGUGCGGGUCUGUGUGUGUGUGCACCUGUGGUGUGCGUCGGCAGCGAAGAGCAGAGGCACCGACAGUGUGGCCCAUCCCGCAUAGAUACUCAGCAGAGGAAUGCUCAGCGCUGCUAUGCCGGCGAAGCCGAUCAAUGCACCUGUGCACAUCCACCGGAAAGAUGGCACAUAGAGCCUUCCCCUCUCCAUCCAUCCGCUGUGUGUGGGCGACGUACCGACGAGCAGCGACGCAGCCAGUGCAAGGAGCAGCUCGCAGAACAGAUGCUGACCCUCGAUGUUCGACAGCUGCACACACGCGUCACACACACAAACACACUGAGCACCCACCACGAAGCACUCUGCCUCCCCUUCUCUGCUCUCUCACCAGAACAUCGUUCUUGACCGCGAAUAUGCCCUUGGGUGGCCAUCCCGUCAUCACGAAGUUGUCCAGAGAGGCCGCGAGGCCGAAGAUGCCAUAAAGGAGCUGAAGGCCGCAUCCGAGUUUGAUGCCGAACGCUAAGGAAUACCCGCAAAAGCUGCGAGGCAAGUGCACGUACUGCCGCAACCGAUUGGCGAACAUCACAUCGUCGGUUUUCCCCCCUUUUCAUCGCG